AUGGUUCACGCAAACCUACCAAUACUUGAUUAUCUUGUUUUAGGACCACAAAGAGAAGUGGUUUCAAUAUACAAUGAUGCAUUUGCCACUCCACCAUCCAGACCUCAAUAUUUCAUCGACGUUUAUCGCUGUGUUGAAGUUGACUUCGGCGAAUGCCCUAGCAGUGGACCGUCUGGGUACCCUGUUCCGGAAAAUAUUGAAAAAAUUGAAAUAGUGGUUCCGGAUAUAACAAACGGAAAAGUUCGGAAUUCUACCAAUAAAACGAAGUUUUAUAAAUAUGUGGUUUAUAAUCACACGUCUUGUAAAUGUGGAACCCUCAAGUUCAGGGGUACUACUCUGUAUCAAACCAUAACUAAAAACGAAGGUUAGUCCAUAGUCUUUUGAUUUUUAGAAAGUUAUUUCCGUUGUUUUAUUGUGAUAGUCAGAAAACAUGUUCAUAUAUUAUUUAGGAUGAGGACAAUAUAACCAAGAGAACGCGGAAGCUUUCCCCCCAUCACUGCACGCUAAACUGCUAUACUGAAAAUCUCAGGGUUAGCUAGGGUAUUACUUGAUGCGCUUGAAAGCUCGUAUAUAAAGCGCGGUUUCCACCUGGCGAAUUUGUUCACGCGAUGCGUCUUUGUCGGCAUCCCUCUUGCUGAUGUCAUGAGUAAUCCUGACAAAGGAUAAAGCAGCUGCGAGAGAAAAAUUCGCCCGUUGGAAAACGGGCUGUGCUUGAUUCUUUCCUGUACAUCGAGGGAUUUUCUUCGAUCUCUGCCCCGGGUUUUCCUCUCUUACAAAAAAGUAACCGUUCCUGCUGCGUUCCAUGGCAACAACCCGAGCCGCAUUAGGCAGCCUUCGACUCAACGAUGUUUUACGUAAUUCAGAUCUCAACUGCAAGGUGAUUAUUACACCGUAACCUUAUUCUGUAUGAAUUUCGCUUGUAGUGUCAAAAGCUGAUUACAGUGUAAACUGUACGAAAAAUCCGGUCAAUGUAAUACAUCGGUGUCACAGUCAUGUUUGCAAACCUCAACAAAGAUACCGUUUCACGCAUAUCGACGCUGUCCGACCGUCAACAUAUCUAGCGUACAAACAGUGUUUGCCUGGGAGUGUGGCGUUAAAAAACAAAACGUCUACAAAUCAAAUUACUUUGAUAAAUAAUAAAGUGACGUUUGUCAACCUUACAAGUGAUAUUUCAUGCAAGGCUUUUAAUGGAAAGAAUGCUGAACCAGAACUGUGCCCAAAACCUACAUCACAAAAUAGCCCAAACCCUACAACACAAAAUAUCACUUCAGGAGCUGGAAAACAAUAA